ACGAGUCAACAGAAACACAACCACAUUCAUGUUUUUCACAGUCCCUGGGCGUGAGGAUGUUACCUCCUGCCUAUUUGCUCCAACUGCUGGCAGGCACCAUGGUCCUGACCCAGACUAGCUCACACUCGCUGCGGUAUUUCUACACCGCCCUGUCCCGGCCGGGCCUCGGGGAGCCCCGGUUCAUUGUCGUUGGCUACGUGGACGACACGCAGUUCGUGCGCUACGACAGUGACGCGGAAAAUCCGAGGUUGGAGCCACGGGUGCGGUGGAUGGAGCAGGAGGAGCCAGCAUAUUGGGAGCGGGAGACUCGGAAAGCCAGGGACACCGGGAGGAACUUCAAAGUGAAUCUGAGGACCCUGCUCCGCUACUACAAUCAGAGUGACGACGAAUCUCACACGCUGCAGUGGAUGUACGGCUGCGACGUGGGGCCCGAUGGGCACCUGCUCCGCGGUUAUUGUCAGGAGGCUUAUGACGGCCGGGAUUAUAUCUCCUUGAACGAGGACCUGCGCUCCUGGACCGCGACUGACAUGGCCUCACAGGCCUCUAAGAUCAAGUCAGAGGAAGUUGGUGAGGCCCAUCACCAGAGGGCCUACCUGCAAGGUCCUUGCGUGGAGUGGCUCCACACAUACCUACAUCUGGGAAAGGAGACGCUGCUGCGCUCAGACCCCCCAAAGGCACAUGUGACCCUUCACCCCAGACCUGAAGGUGAUGUCACCCUGAGGUGCUGGGCCCUGGGCUUCUACCCUGCUGACAUCACCCUGACCUGGCAGUUGAAUGGGGAGGACCUGACCCAGGACAUGGAGCUUGUGGAGACCAGGCCUGCAGGGGAUGGGACCUUCCAGAAGUGGGCAUCUGUGGUGGUGCCUUCUGGGGAGGAGCAGAAGUACACCUGCCUUGUGGAGCAUGAGGGGCUGCCUGAGCCUCUCGCCCUGAGAUGGGAGCCUUCUCCAUUCACCGACUCCAGCAUGCCAGUGAUUGUUGUCCUUGGAGCUGUGACCAUCAUUGGAGCUGUGGCCAUCAUUGGAGCUGUGGCCAUCAUUGGAGCUGUUGCAAGGAGGAGGAAGAGAAACACAGGUGAAAAAGGCAGCUAUGCUCAUGUUCUAGGCAGCAAGGCUUUCCAGAUCUCUGACUGGCCUCAGAAGGCAUGAAAAGGGCCUCUCAGAUUUAGACAUUUGAAUGACUGGGCAUCUUUACAAUGACUUCAGGACUCUUGUUCUAUUGCUUCAGACAGUUGCCUCGUGGGGCUGAGCAACAAGUUCUGACUAAACAUCUGAGGGAGCUGCUUCCCCUGAGGACAAUGUGAAGAACUGGCAAUCCCAGGCCUUCUUGCCUCCCUGGACACCCGACUUCACAACAGAAAAUAGUCUGA